AAUCUGAAAGCCUCAAACCAUAACAACACAAGUUGUAAUUUGUAAUGUGUACUGACUACUAACUGUGUAGUCACUAGUGCCUACUGUCUAGUCAGGUGUUCUAGUUGUGGGUAUACUUUCGUUUGUUAGUUUGUUACAAAUAUGUAUUGUUUUGAUUUACCAUUUACAUAGAAUUGUAUAAUAUUAUAUUUUCAAUCGAUAACCAUGCACAAUUAUUAACAAUUAUGAUUCGUUUUCAAUCGUGAAAUCGAUGCAGAUUUCGUUAAGCUACACAGAGGGAUAUGUUUUUUUUUUACCAUUAUAGCCUUGCUGUAGUACACAUUGUAGAAUCACAAUCUCUAUUUAUUAGUUUAAAAACAAUGGAAAAUGGACUCAGAUUUUUUUGAUGAAAACAGUUAUAGUUCUAGUGAACUAUCGGAAACGCAAUCAGAACUUGAAGCUCGAAUUUAUGGAAUUAUCCAUCAUAACGAUUUUUCAGGAACAUCAGAAUCGCCAUUCAUUGACCCAAAGUACGGUGUAGAAUUCAAUUCCAAUGGUGAAAUAGUUGUGUUUCUCAAAGAUCCAGCCGACGUAGUUGUCAACUCCACCGUUGAUUUGUCCGAGGUAUGUAAAAAAAGUGUUAUACCAACACUUGUUUUAGAUGAGGAUGAUGACAUUGAAACUUCUAAAGGUAUCACUAGUACAAUAGUUGAUAACGAAUUUUCUGAAACAAGCUUGAAAAAGAAGAAGAAGAAAAAGAAGAAAAAAAAUGAAAACUUUGAAAGUAUCGAAGAGUAUAUUAAUAUUAUUAAAAAUACUAAUGCGUUAAAAGAAUAUAAAGAGAAAAGUGGGUUAAAUAAAAUGAAUACUAAAACUAAUAAUGCUGAUAAAGUUUCCCUAAAUGUAUCUUUGAAUAAUGAACGAGCAGUGCCAAUGACAGCAAGUGAAAUUUUGAAACAAUAUCGUAUUGGAAAACCAACUGAAUGUAGUUUGUGGUAUAGGUGCCCAAAGACAUGGACUCCAGAUAUGGUUAAAUUUUAUACUAAAAUUCAAAAAUCAAAGCGAAAUUAUGACUGUCAAGAAGAGCUAAAUAAAAUUAAAGAAAAAUAUGGUUCGGAUCCCAUUGAUUGGUCUUUGGAUCCCAUGGAUAUAUAUAAAUCUAAUUCAAAUACACCUCGAAUGAGAUGUAAUAUUUGUAGACAAUUCGGACAUACUGGGUAUAAUUGCAAGGAUCAAUAUAAACCGCCAAUUUGUAUUAUGUGUGGAGUUGAAGGACAUAAUUUUCAUAGUUGUAAUAAAAAAAUAUGUUUAUCCUGCGGAAGUUGGCAAAAAAAUUUUACAAAUAGUUGUAGUAUCUGCUUAUCAAUGAUCAGAGUCAAAUGCAAUUUAUGUAAUGAUAUUGGUCAUKAAUCAAGUUAUUGCACAGAAACCUGGCGUCAAUUUCAUAGUACUAUAUCUACUGCACCAGAACCUGAAAGUAAUGAAUUUGCUCAAUCUACUUCUAGAUCAAAUACUGAGUCAAGACAAUCUACAUCUAGAAAGUCUGAACCUUCAUCGACAUUAACUCCUAAUGCCAGAGAGAUAAGUAAAAACAGUCCAAAGUCUGUUAAUUCUGGUAAAUCUAAAAAAGCAAAACGGCUGCAAGCUAAAGCAAAAAAACAUUCAAAAAAUAAUAAUAAAAGUAAUCUCUCAAUUUCUGAUAAUGAAUCCAUAAAUAUUGAUGUUAAUAUACAAGAUGUUACAUUGCAACGCACUCUAACAAAAAGAAAUUUUUUCAAGAAAAAAAAAUUAAGUGUCAACCGUUAAAUACAAAAAUAUAAAAUUGACAAUUCAAAUGACUAUUUACUUAAAAUUAAAGGAUUAGAUUUUUAAUGUGUUAACAUUUAAUGUAUAUUAAUUUUUAUUUUGUAAUACUUUUGAGUAUCUGUUGUUUAGUAUAUUAUUUUCUUAAAUACAUUACAAUCUAGCAAAGAUAGAUUUAUUACAUAUCUUGAUUGUGUCACUUCCAGUGGAUCUGGAUGACGCCAUAGUAUUAAAUACUAAUAUUGUAAUGUCCAUUUUUCCAGUUUUUGAUGUUGUAAAUCGUAGUAUUAACUGUAUAAUAUUAUGUAAUUCUUUAGUAACAAUUUUUUGUGGCAAAGGUUUUUAAUGAAUUCUAGGAAAUUGUAAUAUUAUUUUAUCAUUUUAAAUUUAUUAAUGUAUUACCCAUAUUACAUUUCCAUCAUUGCUCACUUCAAAAUAGUUUGGACUUCUAAUAGAAUUCUCUAUUUAUUUUGUUACGCUAAUGGUCUGCAUGAAUAUUUAGCAUUCAGUUUUAAUAGAAGAUGAAUGUGAUAUGAUAUUGAUGAUAUUUAAUUUCUGAACUAUUAUUUGUCUUACCUUGUGUAUUAAGUUUUACACCUUGUUUAUCUAUUUUAAUUUUCAUCCCAAUUUCGUAAAAAUAUAUAACUGUAUUUGGAGAGUUUUUUAAUUA